AUGCGUCACAACGUCUUGGCCGUAUUGGCCCUCCUCAACGGCAUUGCCCGGGCUGGGGUUACUGACUUCCACGGCGAGAGGGCCAUCUCCAACUUGGAUGUCCAGAAGUCUUCCGAGUCCUCCCCCUCUGGCGGCAGCUCUCGUAAGAGCGAGAGCGUUGAUGCCGAGACCUCUCGUGGCGGAAAAUUGUCCGAUGAAAUCGUCGUGACUGACUCCCGCAGCUCUGGGAAGGUCAUCCAAGCCUCUUCUCCUGGAAAGUCUAUCGAGUCCUCCUCUGAGAAGCUCAGCCACGUUUCUUCUGCUGGAAAGUCUGGCGAGUCCACCGAGAAGACCAGCCACGGCUCUUCCGCUGGAAGGUCUGGCGAGUCCACCGAGAAGACCAGCCACGGCUCUUCCGCUGGAAGGUCUGGCGAGUCCACCGAGAAGUCUAGCCACGGCUCUUCCGCUGGAAGGUCUGGCGAGUCCACCGAGAAGUCUAGCCACGGCUCCUCUGAGAAGUCUAGCCACGGCUCCUCCGAGAAGUCUGGCCACAGCUCUUCAUCUGGCAAGAUUGGCCACAGCUCCUCUGAGAAGUCUGGCCACAGCUCUUCAUCUGGCAAGUCUAGCCACGGCUCUGAGGAAUACAGUCGCCACGGGUCUUCUCACCACGACCCCUCUCACAAGCAUGGCAAGCACUCGCAUGUCAUUUGCAAGGGCCCUACUUGCCCUCACUAUCACCAACACCACGACGUUCAUCAUCACGAUGAUGCUCACGUUCACCAACACCACCACCACCACCACAUCUCCAAGGAGCACAAGGAGCACAAGGGCCGCCCCAACCCCUGCAAGGGUGACCACUGCCCCAAGCCCGCGGAGCCCCUGCCUUGCCCUUGCCCCAAGACCGGCGGUCGUUGCGAGUGCCCGAAGCCCAGGUACCGAUGCCACGGCAAGCACUGCGAGCAUAAGCCGUGGCCCAAGUAUCGAUGCCAUGGCAAGGACUGCGAGCGCAAGCCGUGCUGCGAGUGCAAGGGUAACUGGGCUCAGCCCGGCUGCUGGCACUGCAAGGAGGCCAAGCCAUGCUACGGUGAGAAGUGCUACACCAAGACGGAAACCAAGACGACUACCAAGUGCCCACCAACUACUACUAAGUGCCCGACAACCACCACUAAGUGCCUGACAACCACCACCACCAAGUGCCCACCGACUACUACUAAGUGCCCGACAACCACUACUACCAAGUGCCCGCCGUCUACUACCAAGUGCCCGCCGUCUACCACCAAGUGCCCGUCGUCUACCACCAAGUGCCCAACCUCUACCACUACUAAAUGUUCGACUUCUACCUCCAAGGCUGAGGUGGUGACUACCACCAAGUGCCCUACUUCUCUGAAGACUGUCACUACAAAGUGCCCGUCCUCGAGUGUCAAGCCCGUCACCACCGCGCCUUGCCCGACUACGACUUCCAAGGCUUCUUCUCAGGCUCCUUCGGUCAAGCCCUGCCCCUCCAGCUCCGCCGCUCCGGCUCCCUGCCCCACCAAGGAGUCCUCGGCUGCCCCUGUCGUCCCUUGCCCUACCAAGGAAUCGUCCGCUGCGCCCAUCCCAACCAAGGAGUCUUCUGUUGCCCCUCCGGCUCCCUGCCCCACCAAGGAGUCCUCGGCUGCCCCGGUCAAGCCUUGUCCCACCAAGGAGUCCUCCGCCGCCCCGGUCAAGCCUACCAGCAAGCCCGCUCCGGCCCCCGCUCCGGCUCCGGCCCCAUCGUCGGUCAUCGCCCCUUGCCCGUCUGUUGCCCCCGAGCAGCCCGAGGUCCCGGUUCCCGCUCCCGCAAAGCCCACGAAGUCUACCCCCGCCAAGCCCUGCCCUCCUCCUGUUCAGUCCGAGACGAGCGCCACGACUCCCGCGACCGUCCCCGUUGCCGGUGCUGCCCACAACGCCGCGUCUGCUGCUGGCCUCGCCCUCGCUGGCUUGGUCGCCUUCAUGCUCCUGUAAGCCACGGGCGACACUACGAGUUCCCUCAAAAGGGGCGCAUGGGAAAAGUGCUUCUACUGCGGAUGGAUGGGG